AUGGCGGACGCAUUGAAAUCUGAAGGUAACAAGGCCUUCUCGGCCAAGGACUACCCCACGGCCAUUGAGAAAUUCACCCAGGCCCUGGAGAUCGAACCCGAGAACCACAUCCUCUACUCCAACCGUUCCGCUGUCUACAACGCCCAGAGCGAAUACCAAAAAGCCCUCGACGAUGCCGAGAAGGCGAUCGGCAUUAAGGGCGAUUGGUCAAAGGGCCACCUCCGCAAGGGUGCCGCCUACCGCGGUCUCGGAGACCUCUUGGCCGCCUACGACUCCUACGAGGAGGCUCUGAAACUGGAGCCCGGUAACGCCCAGGCCAAGUCCGGUCUCGAUGCCACCCAGCGUGCUAUUCAGGCCGAGGCCACCGCCGACGGUGUCCAGGGAGACCCUCUCGGUGGUCUGGGCGGCAUGUUCAACGACCCCCAGAUGAUCGAGAAGCUGGCCAACAACCCCAAGACCUCUGCCCUGCUAGCUGAUAGUGAGUUCAUGGCCAAGCUGGAGCGCCUCAAGUCCAACCCCAACGCCAUUGGCGAGGAGAUGCGUGACCCUCGCUUCCUCCAGGUCAUGAGUGAGCCCACCCCCGAGCCCGAGGAUGAGGAGGCUGUCGCCAAGCGCAAGGCCCAGGAGGCUGGUGAUGCCGAGAAGAAGAUUGGUAACGACUUCUAUAAGAAGAAGGAGCACGACAAGGCCAUUGAGCACUACGAGAAGGCUUGGGAGCUGAACAAGGACAUCACUUAUCUGAAUAACAUCGGCGCCGCCAAGUUCGAGAAGGGAGACUACGAAGGCACCAUUGAGACGUGCAAGAAGGCCGUCGAGGAGGGCCGUGACCUGCGCGCUGACUUCAAGACUGUCGCCAAGUCCUUCACCCGUAUUGGUUCCGCCUACGAGAAGUUGGGUGACCUCACCCAGGCUAUCGAGUCCUACAAUAAGUCCCUGAUGGAGCACCGCACCCCCGAGGCUCUGACCAAGAUGCGCGCCGCCGAGAAGGCCCGCGACACUCUCGAAAAGGACUCAUACAUGGACCCCGCCAAGGCCGAAGAGGCCCGCGAGCUCGGUCAGAAGAAGUUCCAGGAAGCCGACUGGCCCGGUGCGGUCGACGCUUUCACCGAGAUGACCAAGCGUGCCCCCGCCGACCCCCGCGGAUACUCGAACCGUGCCGCGGCGCUGGCUAUUAAGCGCGACCCCAAGUUCUUCCGUGCUUAUAUGCGCAAGGGCCAGGCUCUUGUCGCGAUGAAGGAGUAUAACCGUGCCCUGGAUGCUUUCACCGAGGCCGCGGAGAAGGAUGAUGGAAGCCACGCUCGCGAAAUUGAGCAGCAGCAGCAGAAGUGUCUGGACGCGCAGUUCAGUGCUCGUGCUGAUGAGACUGAGCAGCAGACUUCUGAGCGUAUCCAGAAUGAUCCUGAGAUCAUGUCUAUCCUCCAGGACCCCGUCAUGCAGAGCAUCCUGCAGCAGGCGAAGAGCGACCCGGCGGCUCUGCAGGAGCACAUGAAGAACCCACAGGUGCGGAUCAGCGUGCAGAAGCUGAUGGCGGCGGGUGUGAUCCGCAUGGGCCGGUAA